AUGGACAAUUAUCUCUUUUCCUUAAGAAGCUUUAUUACUACAUGGUUGAGCUCCACUCCCACUUCAUGGCUGAUUGAUAUCAUCUUCGCCCUCUUAUGUGGAGUGGGGCUCUUUUUUCUGUUACUUCCAUACCUCCCAAGUUAUCCAACUCUACCGCUGCCUAAGGGACAUAGAUACAUCAAGAAGCGUCAAAUGGGGACAAGGGGAAGGAACAGGAGGAGGAAGAAAAAUCAAGCUUUGAAAGCUUGCAGAGAGAGCCUGCAAGAACUGAAGGAGACUCAAGACCUGUUCUUGCUUCUGCAAAGCCUCCUGGGUCAGCUCCCUGAAAAGGGCAACUUUCAUCAGCUCUUAUGUCAAGAGCCCUCUGCUGAGAUGUGCAAAACGGCACCUGCUGAAGCCCAUCUGCCACGUGAGGAACCCAUAGACAACGCUGCUCCCGCUGUGUCCCCUUGGGCUUCCACAGUUCCUCUGACCAAGCCCCCUCUACCUCUGGCCUCCAAGCUUUCACCAUACCUGACCACCCCCUCAGUUCCUGGUCUUUUGCACUCACCUCUGAGUGCCUCUCAGCCAUCAGAACCUUUUCUACCUCUAGACCAUUGCUCACGCCAACCACUCGCACCUUUCUCACCCCCACCACCUGCCUCUGGUUCUUUGGCCUGCCCUCAGCCUCCAACAGCCUUCUCUGCUCCACCACUGAUAGGCUCCCCUUUGACUCUUUCUCAGCAUGACUUGAUGUCACUCCCACUGAGUGCAUCUUUAUAUAACAAGUCUUGGUUGUCUGCUUCUACGCCAACAAUCUCAAGCUUUGACCGGUCAAGCCGUCCCAUUCUGGUACCUUGUUCUCCUCAGAUUGUUUCCUGUAGAGAAUUGUGGCCCACCUCCCAGAAUGAGUCACAAUCCCUCAUGCCAAUUGCAAUUCAACACCUGGAAUGUCACUUUUUGAAGAAGCAAAAAGAGAGUUGGAGGGCUUUACCCUUCGUGGUCACACGAUCUCAGGAAGCCUUUAGUUCUCUAAGUUCUAACCUUCCCCAGGAGAGCCAAGCCUCCCAGGCCCACAAGUCAGUCUCCAGCCUUCCUGGGGAUUUUCCUGUCAGCCCCGUGCUUUGCAGGCACCUGGAGCAACACCUUCCAAAGAGGUUUGUCCAACAGCAGGGCAGCCUGCCCCGUAGGAUCCAUGUAGGUCUGGAACAGGUGCAGCCUCAGAGAAAAUCGCCAGGGAUCUGUCAAGAACCCUCUCGGCCCUCUGUAUGUACACAGCAAAGUAGCAGGGACAUAAAGAAGCUGAAAGCCAGGCACCCAGGAGACUUCCAUUUGUGCAAUUCAGCAAACUUCCAGCUAGGGAGGGACCCAAAGGCAGAUCUGGGGUAUAGUUUAGGGAGGGUCUCACGAUAUACUGUAUCUCAGGAAUCAGAGAGCUUUGAGAAGGACUCUACCGAGGAGUCAAAAAAUGAAUUGAAGAGGCCAUCAGGAAAUGUCUUAGCAAGGAUCUCAGAGAAGAAACAAGUAGAAAGUGACCUAGAAGUCCAUAUGGACAAGAAGUGGUGGCAGAUCAAUAAGGGUACAACCCCUAUGAAAGGGCAGCAUUCUUGGGUUUCUGUCAGCCAUGCCUUGUCCAAGUCGGACACUCAGAUGGAAACCAGAAAGCUGGUAUGCUUGGAUGGUCAGAAAUAUUGCGUGAACACCUCCCAAGAGCUUCUCUUCCUCAAUCUGGUCACACAAAAGGUGCUGGAAGCACAUAGGAAAAAGCUUUGGGUGAAGCACAGGUGGAGUCUACUCCUUAAAGUUCUCAAGACCACAAAACUGUUUGUGUCGAGAAAGGCCCAAGCCUCACCUCCUCAACAGUGUGCCUUUCCCACAGCAGUCACCCAUGAUAUAGCCAAGGUUAGCAAGCCUCUGGGAGAAAAGCCCCAGGUGAGUCAGGAAGAGAAGGUGGUACCAACAAAUUUAGCCUCCACCUUGAAGAGUCGUCUCCCUGCUCCAUCCCCUGCAUUUGAGGAAAUCCAGAGCAUCCCAAGUCAGGCCCCUCCUGGUGAUGACCACAAGCUCUCAGAGGCCCCUCUGACCGGAGAGGAGGGCAGGCAGUCUCCUCAGCCCCUCACCCCCAGCAUCGUGAGCAGACCCAUACAGAGUGAGACUGUCCUGGAGACCCAGAGAGGCAGCCUGGAGCCCACCUCAAGUCAAGUCAUGGGAGAGAAUGGGCCAAGGGAGGAGAGUGGGAGUAAUAAUACCCCAGGAGCCCCCAGCCCUGGUGAAUCAGUAUUGGAGAUGGAUGUAGAAUCCCAAUCUCCAAAGGUCAUAGAGAGCAGCGAGGGGUCCCCUGCUCUUCAACCCCAGCAUAGCGACAUCUUGAGAGCCAGUGAGCAGGCAGACUCCCCAGUCUUAAAUGUGAAUUUGAGUGGUUUAGGGUCUCCAGGGAUCUGUCAAAAUUUCACACCCUCUAGAAUGUCUGCUGCCCAGGUUCUAGAACUACCAAGCCCUAAAUUGCAAGUCAUUAGUAAACCUGAGAUCAAAAUGAAAGUUGAGCCAGAGAUUCAGCCUCGAGAUGGCCGCACUGAUGUGCCCCUUGCUGCAGGCAUCUUGGCUUCUCAAGUGCCCCAGCGCCGUCCCCGGAGCACAACCAGUGGGAACAGGCCAGUUCUCCAAGAUGGCUGCAUGGCAGUUGGAAAGAGCAGCCUGGUGCAGCAGGAGUCCAAAAUCUUGAAGCCCCAGGCCCCACUGAAAAAACAUCAUGAAGGGUUUGCAAGAUUGGGGAGUUCCCCAACCAGAAAGAUGGGCCCACUUGGCCAGGGGAGGGGAAUAGCAAACACCCCAAGCAAGAACCUCCAGUUCCUGCCAGAGAAGGGAGAGUCUCCACCCGAGAGGCCCCAGGGAAAAAAGACGAGUCGCUUUCUUCAGUGGGUUUUCUCCAGUAAAGACAAAGGGCAGAAAGAACCUCUGCAAAAGGUCAAGCCCACAGCAGCCUCUGCCCUUGGCCGGGAACCAGUCAAAGUCAAACCAAUUUAUAUGAACAAAGAGGCUGCUGAUGCUGAAGCUCGGGAGCUCAUGUCAGCUGUUGGCCAGAUGCUAGAGGAGAAAAUAGCACUUCAGGCCUCAGAGUUAAGUAAGCAGAAGCAGAAGGUCCAGGUUCCGGUUGGGAGGGGCCCCUCCUGUCACGGAGCUUCCUCCCACGUAGAACAAAGAAGAGUGAUGAGUGAUACAACCUGCCAUCGCCAUGACACCCCUGAGAGUUGCCCUAUCAUAGAAAAUUGGAUCAGAGACAAAGACGGAAAUAUCUGGAAAAUUUCAACUCCUACCACCAUUUGCCAUGGAUGA